CAACUCGAAGCAAGUCUGUGUGGACAAGAACAACCUAUGUGUACCCUAUGACAUGUCACCAAAAUGUAAAUGCAAGAAACUCAAAGUGAAAGGAUGUGAGGACAUGCUCGGAAGAUCCGUGUGCAAAUACGGUGAAGUUUGUCUCGACAAAAAGACUGGAAAUUCUUGUAAUAAUAAACAAUCCAAGGAGUGCAAAUGUACCGUGCAAAAGGAGACCGCUCCUGAAAAUACACCUAAAGGUAUAGGUUGUUAUGUCGCUGUUGAUUUGAUCAAGAUAUUUAUACCGUUAGACCACAAAUUCCACACUAUAAACCAGAUGCCGUGUAAAGAGUGUAUGUGCAUGCCGAGAUACCCACACUAUGUUGAUUUUUGCCGCGUCAAACCAAAUUGUAACGGUGCUAUUCACCUGUUUGUCAAAGUUCCUUAGAGUGAAAAACCUGGGGCAAUCAUAAGACAAGAGAGGAAAUUAUGUUUUCUUAAAAAUGACGAUUUUUAUGUCUCAAUGCUUAUCAUUUACAUACAUAUCAUCUCGCUAACAUAAUAUCAAAAAUGUAACUCGUCUUAAGUUUUAAAAUUUCAUAAGCUUAUUUUAAAAAACUGUUCCCUUUUCUUAAAAUAUCUGAUUUUAUACAGCACAUAAUUUUUCGGAAAUGUUUCCCUUGUGUUACAAGGCACCCGGAAACAAAACAUGUUUAAAUUCUUUUUGUGUGGCCUAUUGCAAAUACAAUUUCAACGUUCACAUUUUUUUAUAAUAAAGAAUUUUCCUAAUCUUUCCAGUGACUGUUUUUUUCCUUAGAUCACCUUUGAAUUAUACAACUGCUGUUUUCAGAUGUGUUUAAAAUCUUAUGUGUUUUACGUGUAUUAUUUUUCCAUUUAUUCAAAAAACAUUUAUGUUGAUUUUUAAGUUAUUUUCCAAAUCAGUGUUUAAGUUUGACAUGACUGGUGAAGUACAUGGAGCUCUAUCCAAUUAAGGAUCUGGCCAGCUAGGUUAUUGGAUAUAUCAUCAUACAACAUAUAUGAGCC